AGUCGAAUCCUGAACGCCGUUGCGUCCGCCCGUGUCGCGACGCUAUCCGUUCGCACACUAAAUUUUUAAUAUCCAUCGGAACUGGGCUGCAAACUAAAUCGUGUCUACUGUCGAUUUCGGAUUUAAUACACCUUUACGGUUAGUGUGAAUGUGGAACUUUCAAUUUGGAACGCUCGGAUGACAGUCGGCCAGUGUGAAGUCGUUUUUGCGAUUUUUCUAUGUUUGCAACUUGUUUGAAGUGAGUCCAGGCUUCUGGGUGAGCGUCCUGUUCUAUAUUCUUAAAGAAGCGACAUGGCAUGAGCGACUGGGUGGGCGCGACAUGCGGUGCGCGCCGCCCGCGCACAUAGCCGCCGUCGCUCUAGCACUCUCCGUAGUCCUGAGACUUGCUAACGCUGGCUCAAUGGGCCCCGGUGUGCCAGAGAAUAUAACAGUGACAUUCCUGAAUCCGACCACCGUCAAAGUUUCAUGGUCCACAACGGCGGACCUCGUUGAGAAAUAUGACGUCACGUACAAACCUUCAGACGCAAGUUACAGAGUGGUCCUUGAAGUUGCCGGUAACUCGGACGCUGUUAUCUUGAGCGGGCUGGAGGCUGAUACGCAGUACCAGGUCACGGUUGCCGCACUCUGGGGCGGACAUAAAUACAGAAGCAGACCCAUAGUCUUCCGCACACUGGAGCCCCCACGGACAUCGCCGCAGCAGGACGGGGGACUGGUGGGGGCAACGCCCCGCUCGUCUGUAGCUCCACCCGAUCCCUCACCUACGUUCCCGACGAUACGAGGAGUGGAAAUCGGAAUCGUAGUUCUGGUGUUAAUAGUCUGGAUUGGAGCGAUAGCUCUGUUUUUCAACCGAUGGGGCAAGAUAAGAAUGCUGUUACCUUACCAGCCAGAUUACAAGCAAGAACAACUCAAGGUGCCGGGAAGCAGUGCAUUGGCGGCAGCAGCGGCUGGAACGACUUGUGGGGCCCAUUCUGCAUCUACAGCUUGUUCGCAUAUGCGUUGGUCCCACACGCAUACACAGAGCUUGGAGUGCGAGGAGCGAUUGCUGUCGCGUUGCAAUAGGCCACGCGUAAAUUCUGCUAUAUUUGUAUCGGCUGAACCGAGUGGGUUCGCUGGCUUCGAUCCCGGCGAGUUCUUAAGGCGUCACGGCUCACAGUCCAAACUGUGCCGGAAGGCUAGGUCGGCUGAUAAUAUACCGUUAACUACAAUGAGUGAUUCCUCAGAACGUCUCUGUACAGCCAAACCACCUAGAGAAGAAACAAUUAACGAGGAAGCCAAAUCCGAUGACAGUCUAGGAAGCAUUGAAACAGUAAAACAUUUUGGCCUUCCAAUCCUCUCCGUUUCGGGACCUUCGCCUCCCGACGAAGACUAUGACCAGAUCGAUGAGUAUCUGUAGCAUUUCCAUACCGGUUUCCAGCUCAAAUAUGUGCUGGAAAAGAUGAGGCCUCCUUGGCCCAGUUCCGCACAAAGUCCCAAAGCUGACGAUUAGACUAUAAUAUGUCUUUGCACUGCACUUGGACUUCUACGAACUUUGAUUUUGUGAUAUUUAGCGAUUAUUUAUAACGUUAGGAGUGUGUGUUUCAGAACUUUCGGCGUCACAACGAAUUUCUAAGACUUCUAGCUGAAGUUCUUUUUUUAUAUCUAAAAGUGUGUCUUGCUGGGGGACCAUGGUAUUCGUGUGGUGUGUUUCGCAAUUGACUUUCGUAUUUUUACAAAAUAUACUAUCGAGUAUCAAUGUCGUGUUUAGCUAAUAAGAAUUUUGUCUUUAAAUUUUGAAUAUCACUUUUCUUAGCGUUUAAGAAGUGCACAAUAAUUUUAUGAAACGUUAAUAAAUCCAGUGCCACUUCUUAUGUCUUUCGGAUAAUACCAUAUCCAUUUUAUAUAAUCCAACUUUGAGCAAAUAAAAGUACAUAAUAAUAACAAAUUAUAGAAAACGUAUUGCUGCCUUAGAGGCAUUAGUUAAUUGUGAUUGAGUGGUUUUCAAAUUAUACCUUUAUUUAUAUGUAAAUUAAAAAAUAGUUUUGCAUUGAUAGCUUUAAGAACUAUUAGUAAGAUGUAAUAAAAUGAUCUGACGGUUGAACUUUGGUCCAAUGAGAUGUACUGUUUGCACGUGAUUGAUGCUAUAUUACUUAUAAGUGAAAUUCUUAAAUUUAUUCAAUUAUAUUAUAAUAAAAUGCUAUAAAUUUACGAAUGUUUUCGUGUACUUUCUAGAAUACGAAAUUUUCUAUGUAAUCCAAUAGUUUGGAUUCCGCCCAAUGUAAAAAUAAAACACUUUAUAGUGAAAUAUUAAUCAAUACAAUUAUUUUAUAUAGUUGAAUUGUAUCAAAUUAAAAUCGGAUUUCAGAAUCACUACUAAGGUCAAUUAGAAAUAAUUAUGAUUACUGCACCUAUUUCUAUCAAUAUUAAAAUAUCUUUCGAAACAUCAAAUUGUAACUUGCACAGUGUAGUAGCAUUAUCUAUUUGUAAAUAUAUUGUUAACUUUAACUAUGGCACUACUUCAUGGGAUGUAAUAUAGUGUUUAAUCUUAGUCGAUUCAUUUCGUAAAUAAUAAUAUAUAUGAAUCUCAACUGGUGAUUGGGGACCAGACAGACAAAUUUGUCAUUUAGUACGCCUUAUCCAAAUCAAGGAUUACAGUAUCCAAGUACCUUUUUAACCUUUUCAUAUAUAUUCAUAAUAAUAUACAUCCAUAUAUACCUAUAUCUUAAAUUUUCGCGUUAAUGUCCUUCCAUAAUUACAUAUUUUUCAAUUAAUCGAAAUUCGAAUUUGGAGUAAUAAAUUUUUGGGUUGAUUAUAUUUUUUAACGAAUUAGCUGAAUCGAUUUUAUUGAGAGUUUCUUCAAAUACUUUAAACUAUAACGUUAUUCCCUCCACUAUGAUAUGCUAGUAAUUAACCUUCAUUGUAGUUUAAUAAUCAUAUAGAGCGCAAUUUAUUAAAUUAUUCAAGUUACCUACCAAAUAAAUAGAAAAACAUUUUUUGUUAUAUCAAAAUACGAAAUGUGUAGUCGUAAGUGCCCAACCUUCCUAUUAUAGUUUAGUGUUCCGAGCUUAAAAUAUAUAGUAACAACACUAUCCACGAAUAGGACGAUCUAUUUCGAGGUCUUGUGGUAAAUUUUUUUCACAAAUUACUUUUCUGAGAAACGCUAAUCAGUUCUUUGUUUAUUUUUAAACAGAUAAGCACAAUAUGUUGCGUAUCUGCAAAUUUGAUGAAAUUAAAUAUUAGACGAUCAUUUUUCGUGCCAAUUUCGAUAUUCUGAAUCACUUAAGAAAACAUAAUAUUUUCAUUAUUUUUACCUAUAAGGCACAUCUAAAUAUUUUAGGGCUUUCAAAUAAUAUUAUGAUUUUAUUAAGAUAUUAGAUCUAGCUCAAAUAGCCGUAAAUAGGUUUAACUGACCACGUCUAUUUGCAAAAUUGCCCCGACCAACAUGAGAUGUCAUAUAAUAAAUUGUACCAGAAAAUAUCUAUUGGGUGUUUGGUAUCAUUGUUGCCCUUUUCAAAAUUCUUUCUACAAGGCAAGUCAAAGUGACGUGGUUAAGUUUUCUUUUAUUUAAAUAGCUAGAUUCUUAGAUAAUGUUUUGGUAUGUAAAUUAUGUAUUCUUCACUUUAUUAUAAAAAAAAAUGUAGCUUCUACAUGAUAAUAUGCGUGAACUUAGAAUUAUAUUAUAAAAAAAUAUAUUCAAGUUGUACAUAUCUAUAGCAACACAAUUACUUUAAAUGCUCAUAAUCUUAAUGUAUAAUAAAAAAAAGUCUAUUAAUUAUAUUACUGUAAAAUAACUAUUUACAUCCUUACGUGUAUUUACUUUCACGAUGAAAUAAACUUAAAAAUUUCUUAC